CAGAUUGUUUACUUGCUGGGGACAUUUGAUUCCAAGGUCGUCACCAAGACCUUCUGCACUUGGAUUUGCACAUUCGCUGCACUCUAUGGAUUCUGCCAAAUGGUGGCAUCGGUUGCAAUGGCCGGGGCAUUCAGGAACGCCAUCUCUCACCUGAGCUCGCAGCCAUCCACUGCGAUCUACAGCAACGCCAACGCACAGCCGGUGCUCGGGACGGGCGUGAUGAUUGCUCGAAUGGGCUGGUCCAUGAUUUUUGUGCACACCAUCGCGCUGGGAUCCAUGUAUGAGGGGUUUCGGGCAUGGUCGAGAAUGGCCCGAGAACGCGGCACAUU